GCGGGGUCCUGCGGAGCGCGCGGGGGCUGAGGGGCCCUGAGGAACCGGCCGGGCGGGCGCGGAGUAGAACCUGUGCUACCAUCAUCAUGCCUGAAGUAAACACAGACCACCUGGACGAGCAGCAGGUGCAGCUCUUGGCAGAGAUGUGCAUCCUUAUCGAUGAAAAUGACAAAAAGAUUGGAGCGGAUACCAAGAAAAACUGUCACUUGAAUGAAAACAUUGAUAAAGGUUUACUACACCGAGCUUUCAGUGUUUUCUUAUUUAAUACAGAAAAUAAACUGUUGCUGCAACAGAGGUCAAAUGCAAAAAUUACGUUUCCAGAUUGUUUUACCAACACUUGUUGCAGCCACCCUCUAAGCCACCCACUGGAACUGGAAGAAAAGGAUGCCAUCGGUGUUCGGAGAGCAGCACAGAGACGACUGAAAGCAGAGUUAGGAAUUCCCAUGGAGCAGGUAACUCCAGAAGAAAUCUCCUACCUGACACGAAUUCACUACAAGGCCAAGUCUGAUGGGAUCUGGGGAGAACACGAGAUAGACUAUAUCUUAUUUGUACAGAAGGAUGUGACACUGAAUCCCGACCCCAACGAGAUCCAAAGCUACUGCUACGUGACACAGAAAGAACUGAAACAGCUCCUGGACAAAGCUGCCAAGAAUGAAGUGAAGAUCACUCCAUGGUUUAAGCUCAUAGCAGAGACCUUUCUGUUCAAGUGGUGGGAUAACUUAAAUAACUUGAACAAAUUUGUUGAGCAUGAAAAAAUACACCGAAUGUAAAUAGCUGGGGUGAAAGGUGCUGAAGGCCAGCAGUGGUGUGCUGUCUCAUUGACACGGUGGUAAAUCAUGACUUGGGUGCAGAGAAUUGGUCCACCCGGAGCACAUUUAGUAUCUUGGUAUAGAGGUUGUUAUAGCCAGUGUUUUUUCUUCUGCUUUCAUCACCUCCUCUGCCCCCUCAUCCUUGUUCUCCUGUGCAAAUUACCUUGAUCUAAUGUAAAAUGGGUAGCAAUGGCAUGAACCCCCUUUGCCUGGUGAAAGAUCCUCACCCCAUGUGUGCCCUGCACACCUGGGGAAGGGCGCCUGGCUCAGCUGGGAGGGCUGGUCCCUUCCGACCGAACAGGACUGUGACUGAAAUGAUUACCCGUGAAUUUGGGUUCUGCACUGAUGCUGGCUGAAGAAAAAAAACAAUUAGUGCAAAGUAAUCAGGAUUAUUUUAAUUGCAGAAAGCAAAUCUCUUCAGCUACUAUAGUCUAUAAUUAACCAAACACAUAAAAGCUUAAGUAAUUGGAUUGUCAGGGUGGAGUGAGUUUCACUUUGGAGUGCUGAGUUGUGUGUCAGGCCUUUAGGUAACAAACAGUGGGUGGUCUGUUUGGGUUUUUCUCCCCAACACCCUUUUCUGGUUAUUUGAAGUCUGAGUACUGGACAUCUCUCACAUAACAAAAGGGUUAAUUGUGCCAAAUGUAAAUGGUACCUAAUAUAGGAAGUAGCCUGUCUUUGGAGAUGGGAUAUGCACUAAAUGGCUCUUCUCUAUCUUCCAGAAAACAAAGGCAUCUUGAAACAUUUUUUUCUCCUGAAACAUCUCUUGUAAUAGUCAUUCCCAGACUACUCAAACCCACCGAACUCCAAAAUUCAAGACAAUUUCUGGGCUCACACUGAAUCUUGAUGUCAGUUAGUUAGAAACUGUACCAGAGCUAAUCCUUUUUGAUCUUGCAGUCAAUGGCUAGUAACAUGAGUAAAAUGGAAGCUGUUUUUCAAUAAGACGAAUUCUUGUGUCUCAGUUUGAAUUAGAUUUUGGGGUUGUAUUUUCUCUA